AUGUCUAGAUCUGACCUAAAGUAGUAGAAGACAUUUAUGAAUCUACCUAAAGAGUCUUUUUAGAGUAUUGAUGAUUUGUAUUUACACACCGAAGAAGAAGAAUAAUCUCAAGGUACUUACUAAAAAUAAAGAUCCAAACUAAGCCAAAAUGAAAUGGAACAUUUUAAAAUCACUAAGCCUCCAUAGUUAAAUUUAGGAGGAGGCAUUAGCAAAUAAGUUCAAUAAAAUAAAGUCCUUUUUUCUAAGCCUAAAUAUUUAAUUAAAAGCAUUGAUAAAGCUGAAUACAAUCAAAGUUAGAAUAUACAAACAGAAAACAACUAUCAAUCUGCAGAAAGGCCAUAAUCCCCUAAAGUUGCAAGAAAAUUUCCUUUUAGUUCUCCAAGCAAUCAGCUUAGAUCUGAAAUGGCUAAUUAAGAGGAAGAAAGAGCUUUUAAGAAACCUUCAUUCUAAUAGCAUAAUUUAGAUUAAAUAAAUAUGAAGGGUAAUUUGCCAAGAAAUGUAUUUUCUCUAAGCUCAAAAAAUGAUGCUCAAAAAAAUUUAAUGAAUAUUUCAGACUUAUAAAAACGAAUUGCAACAAACAGAAGUGAGUUCCCACAAAAAUAAUCUCUUACUUAGUUAAAAGAAAAUAUAUUUGCUAAAGAUACAAAAUAAGAAGGAACUCUAGACUUUAAAACUAACUAAUUUUAUGGAUAAGGGCCAAGGUAUGAUGGAGAUGGCAACUUAGUUACAUAUUCUUUAGUUGGAAAGCCAGAGUGGUUUUUAUAAGCUUCUGAGGAUUAAAAAACUCUAAAAAGAGAUUCUGCAAAGUAAUCUAAGUUAAAUAAGAAAGUUUCAAUGGCUUCUUUUGCAAGCAAAACAUCUAGCAUCAGGAUUAAAAACUCAAUAGAUACUUUGAGUAGAGUAGAUAAGAAAAGAAGAGUAGCCAAUUAAUCGUUGGGUGAAUAGCUUACUAAGGAGUAAUUAAUUAAAAAAUUAGAGAACGUUGAAAAUAGAAUCGAGGAAAAUAAAAAAAAUGAUGAAAAGGUUUUGGAAAAAAAACAAUUAUAUGAAAAGGUCUAAGAAGAGAAGCAAAUGCAUUAACUUUCUUACUAUGACUCUGUAAAUGAUAAAUGGGAAAAAUUAAAUUAUAAAUUAUCUGAGAAAUUACUAAGACCACCAGAACUAUCUCUGUUAAAAUCUAGUGUUCCUUAGUUUAGAUAAAAAGUUGAGGUCACAUAGAUUUUGGAGCAAGUGAAGACUCCGAAUGAACUACUGGGCAAUAAAUUUUGGGAAGUUACACUUAGAGAUAAGUUUAUUGAUUAUACUAAAAUAAAGCUAGGAUAAAAUGAUGAGCCAGGAAUACUAAGCGAAGAUCAAACAAAUUUAAAUUAGGAAAGUAAUAUUUUUGAAAAGAGAGCUUAGUCAUCUCAUUAAAUGAACAGAUCAGUUUAUAGAGAGUUAUCAUAUUCUAAAGGAACAAAAGUACCAGUAUUGUUUAAGAAAGAAGUUGAAAUAAUAAAACAUCCUAAAUUACUAAAUACAAAUAAUUAAUCUAGCACUCAGUAAUUCUAAACGCUUGGAUAAUAUUUUAGUUCUAUCAAUAGCAAUCAAUUUAAUAGCACCUAAGGAAACACUUUUAAUUAAUAAUAACCUCGGUAACUUCUUUCUUAAUAAAUGUCUAGGCGACCAUACUCCCAAUAAAGUGCACAAAAUAUCAGCUAUAGAGCAAGAACUCCUUUUAAUUAUAAUGGAUUUGCAAAUGCAAAUGAAUUUAUGAAUAGCAUACAAAACUCCAUGUCAGUUAACCACUCUUCUCAAGGGCAAAGGGUUAAUCUAAAUAACUCUAUGGAUAAAAUACAGUAGUUUUUUACUGCUUUAACAGUUGAUGCUGAUGAAUUAGUUAUUAAAGGAGAAAAUAAAUUGAAAGCAGAGAAAGAAGCACUAAUAAAUGAUGGGCAUCCUAAUUAAUUCAUUUAUAAACACUUUAAUUAAGAUGAGAUUACAUAAUUAGAGAAUCAAAAAAAUUCAUCGAAAUAGAAAGAGUAAAAAGAAGGAGGAGAUUAAUUCACGGGAAAUACAGAUUAAAUUAAAUAAUAAUAUGUAAAUGCAUAAAACAAAGGAGCCAUAUAAAAAUAAUCAACGUUUGGCAAUAUGAAAUCAUCUAACAUUUUUGAUUAAACUGCUAACAAAAAAGAAGAUAUGAUUUCUAAAAAAAGGAAUAACAAUAAUUAAUCAGCAGGAGCUAAUUAAUAUAAUAAUCAGUCAGAGAAUAACCACUAAUCUCUAACUUCAUAAAAAACAAUCACCAACAAUUUAUUGUCCCAGCAAUCAAUAAAGAUUGGAGGUUUUAACAACCCUUUUCAUGUAUCCUGA